UCGCCAAAAGCCUUCAAAAGUUUAGAGUACAUGCGGAAAAACACAUUUUAUUACAAAUGUUUGCUUGAAAGAAUAUUAAGUUAUGAUUGUGCAUGGCAAAGUCAUCACUGUAUAUCUAAACACUCUUUGUGUUUAGAUGUCAGAGGGGGGAAAAAAACAUGCAAAGAUGACAGCUAAAGCUGAACCAUCCCGUCUUUGAGCACUGCAUGGGCUCACUGCCAACAUGUUGUCAUCUGGUUACACUAAUGACAACACUGAGCUUCUGCCAAACUUAGCUUUCAUAAUUGCUCACAGUCCCCGUUACUUGAAAGUGGAGACAGACGUUGACAAAUAUUUGCAUUGUUGUCAGAUUACGCCCGUUUACUCCGCACACAGAGUAAAUGAUGCACAAUUGUAACACGCUGAUGCACAUGCACACUUAGAGGCCUGAGAAACCGAGUCUGUGACAAACGCAGUCUGGGGGAUUAUAAAGGCAGAGAUCAAUUCCAUUUUCCACUGUUUGUGUUGUCUUCAUUACGAGCCAGUUCGUACUCGGGAGGAUUCACUGCCUAACGCGGGGCAGAGUACGGUGGUUUUGCUGGUUAUUAGCAACCGUGCAAUUACACCCAUAAAUUUCCAGAAUCCCCCGGUAAAACAUGUGUUAUUAUUUGCUGACACGAGCUUUGGUGAAACCCACAAGAUCUAACAAGAAUAAUAUGCCUCAUGCUGAAAAUAUGAGAGCACGGCGGACUGCUUAACACGAGCUGAAGUCACACCACACAGAAUCUCACUUGUAAAUCUAAUGAUCGCCUAUGCUGAUAUUUGUACAUGUGUAAGGUUUUUCAUUUUGCAGGGUGCUGCCACUGCUACUCCUCUCUGCAGGCUUCUCCUCACAGAACUCCAAGUGAUUGGACGGCGGCAGAGCCAAUAAGCAGGGGAGCAGCAGGUUAUUUGAACUCUCCUCACAGAGCUCGACUAAACCAGACAACAUCCUCUGACUUUUCAAACAUUAUUCUCUCAUACGCCUCAUCAUCUCUCCUCUCAAGUCACAUUUCCCACGGGCAGGGAUUGAAGACCCCUUUUUUUAAAAAGUCUACAUCAAGGAUGGGAACCUCCGGCUUCUGUUUACAUCUGGAAGAUUACUGAUGCACCUGUUGACCGAGGAAAACUCUCCCUGCGAAAGAAUGAACAAAGUGGCCGUGAUGAAGUCUGACGCGCUGCUUCAUUUGGAGGACAGCAGAGGAGCAGAGGAGAGGAGCAGGUUAAACUGUGAAGACUUACCUCAGAGCAGUUUACCAGAUGGACACGACACAGACCUGAUGCAAUACCAGGACAACACUAAAAACAGCGCGACUGUCAAGUACAGACGAUACGGGUCUCGUCUCGGUGGGGUCAAAGUUCGCCACAAGAGACAGGUGCUGCAGGACAUGGCCCGACCACUCAAACACUGGCUUUACAAACACAGAGACAAUCCUUAUCCGACCAAGACUGAGAAGGUCCUGCUGGCUCUGGGUUCACAUAUGACACUCGUGCAGGUUUCCAACUGGUUUGCCAAUGCCCGACGAAGGCUGAAAAACACAGUGAGACAGCCUGAUCUGAGUUGGGCUCUCAGGAUCAAACUUUAUAACAAAUACAUCCAGGGAAACGCUGAAAGGCUGAGUGUAUGCAGUGAUGACACUGGCUCAGACGAUGAAGAAUGUCCCUUACAAACUCCUGUCAGCCAGUCACACUUUGGCAGGACAUCUUCUCACAAAGGUGUACUCCAGAAACAGGGCAGCGUCCUCGCCAUGGCGGACUCCGCAAACAGCGAUGACAGCACGUCACCUCCGUCCAAAUACAAGAGCAGUUUACUGAAUCGGUACCUUAACGACACCCUGCGGCACAUGAUGGCAGCUGAGGCCGACGGCGUCACCUCGUCCCUAAAGAGGAGGAGUCACUCCGAGUCGUUCAGCUCCAACGAAUGCGAUCGAGACGUUGCGUCUCCGGCAUCGUCCUGUGAAACAGAGGCAAAUUUUGUCUACCACAUGGUGGACUACACGGCAACUAACUAUGACAGGGAACAACAGCAGGAUCAAGGCCAGCAGAGACCAGACGACCAAGGCUGGAGGGAGAUCCACGCCGCCGUGGCUCUGACCAACUUGGCCCAGGGGCAGAGCCAUACUGAGGAUAAGAGCAGUGUUAUGGUGCCACUCACUGCCAAAGGGCAGAGCUGCACCCAGGAGCCCUACUCCACAGUGAGAACCACCGUCAUAGACAGGAUGCAGGUUACAGCUCCUGACUGUGCUCUGAGGCAGAGCUGCACCACAGGGCCCACUCUCACUAGUCGCAUCAUCCAGAAGUCUUCUCAUAUCUCAGAAGUCCAGACUGUUAAAGUAGCCCUGGCAAACAGUGUCUAAGCUUUAAAGGGAUAGUUCAGUUUUUUUGUUUUUUUGUGCUUGUACUGUAACCAGGUACAAAGUCAAGACUGACUUUAAACACAGCCAUCACCAGGAACCAGCCUGACAAGAAACUUUUAGAUUUAGCCAUUUAACAAAAACCUGAGUCUACAAUAUCGUACAUGUUCUUUAUGAUUAUGAUUUAUGUUUAUCUCACCAUUAGACAGACGUUUGUGGCUGGAAACUCUCCCACCAAAGGCCACAUAGAGGAAAUCCGCAAGGUCUCCUGCUACCUCAUUCGGUUAAUUUGCCUGAGUGUCAUCAUUGUGCUGGAGUCAAAGACAGCAAAGUACAAGUUGACUAUGUGUCCCGUGUGUCUAUCUCAUUAAGCCACACUUUAAAAAAAAAAAAAAAAGAAAGAAAGAAAGAAAAAGCUGAACUAUCACUUUAAACCUGAAGAGUGGUCUAUGGACAUUGACCAGUGUAGGAAUACCAGAUGCUGCAAUGCUUUGUAAUAUAUGUACAGCCCCUGUUAUUUUACAAUGCUAAUAAACCUAAGACUCUUUCAAUACUUUUUUACUUUGUAAAAUAGUAAAAACUAACACAGCUGAAUAUUUUGUUGCUGCUUUCCUAAUGUCCUCCUAUUGCUCCCUGUGGCCGUAAGUUAUAUUAACUUCAUUGAGACUGGAUUACCAUCCAAUGCUAAAGUUUGACAGCAGCUAUUUGAAUAAACACAAUGUGAAAUCCUUUGA